UGCUGUAACUUUGAUGCAACAGUAUUCGCUAACCUUUGCUCCGGGUGCGUUGUAACAGUCGAGAUUUUCGUUCGAGUUAAAACAAAAUGCGCUUAGCUCUAUGUCUAUUGAUAUUUUUCGUCGUGUCUUACGCAUCCAAGACACCCAAUAAAAGGAGCAACUACUUCCCGUAUUAUGAGCCCAACAUAGCAGAACAUCAGAGAUUUCUUAAGAGCUCAACAACGGUGACGACAACGAAGAUAAUGACCGCGAUCUAUACAAUUACUUGCACCAAGUCAACUACAGCAUGUACUUCUUCUUCUACCAGUACUAGUACUACUUCAAGUUCAGCAACCUCUACCAGUGCUACCACUACUUCCAGCAGCUCUAGUUCUACAACGAGCAGUACUUCUUCUACAACCAGCAGUACUACCUCGAGUACUGCUGGUCGCCGACGAAGGCAGAUUGACAUCAGAGAUGUAGAAGCCCAAGACUGGACAAACGAGCAAUUGCCCAUUGUUCCUUCAAAUGUUCAAGGGGUUGAAACUACCCAAGCACCAGUUCGAGAAGGACGUUCUACAUAUCCACAACUGUUCGCUAUGAUGCCCCCUUUCGGAUAUUAUCAACCCCAAGAAAUCCAAUCCGGUUUCGACAGCGAUCCUUCUCUCGCCCUGCCUUAUUAUGGGUCGUAUGUUCAACCUGCCGCCAUCAGCCAACCUCGUAUUUUCUUCGGCGCCUUGAACGGCUUAUUAUUUCCAAAUUUUGUGGUAACCAAGACAGAGACGGUUACUAUGGUUUCCAUCGUCCCUUCCACUUCGACUCUGAGUCCAACUUGCAGUACUGCCAAUCCUGGUGCUUUACAAUGUCCAGCAUAAAUCCACACAAUAUCCGACCGCUUUUCUUUCUACUUCGGUGGUAGCCAUCUAUUUUUAAUAUUUAUAUCUAAGCAUUUAGACUUUAUAUGUUUGUUUAGUAGGCCUACAUAGCUACAUUAAUUUGAAGCGUUUAAAUACAGCAAUCCCGCAAAUCAAGCCAGACUAGUUCAGACCUGCUCUGGUAUGAAAUUGAGUGUAUUAACACUAUACCAAGAAAAAAUCGUUUAUUCCAUGACCACACCCACACGUCCAGUCCAGUCUAGAAGCUGUCGGGAACAAAUAAAUCCGAAACUGCAAACGGCGUGUUCUCUUGAGUGAACCUGCUUUGACCACACGACGAAAACGAAAGAGGGAAGAUCGCAUACCAUGUUGAGUGUUUCUGCGCUGCUUAUCUGAUGUGCAGGCUAGCCGAAAAGAAUUUCGGGACAGCAUGGACGACGCGUUUAUGUAAAAAGCCUUUUUUGUCUGUGAAACGCUUGCCCUUAGCUCACGUCACAGUACAAGGGCAAGUUCCAAGUUUACUCGCCGGAAGGAUCAGAAGGUUAUAACGAAAUGCUAUUAGCGAAACAGUUGAUUUAUAUUUCACACAGUUUAGCCUAGUUCUUAUAAUGACUAUACAGCACAGAAACAUUUAAUCAAUUCCCCGCUAACAGACCUCACUCGCUUAAAAAAUAACAAUAAUGCCAAUAAUCAAAUCCGCACCAAUAGAAUUUCAGCAAUCGAAUCCGGACAGGCAAAUAAUAAAAUACGUUGGCUGCUUGGUGAAGUGUUUCCUGGGCGAACCGCGAUUUUAAGCUGGCCAAUCCAAAUAUGGAGAGAUUCAGUGUCUGAUAACAUCUGCACGGACCACAAAUUGACACUGAUAGAUACAGCUCCGACGACCAUCCCAUCGCUAUGGUGAUAAAUAUUUCCCCAAUCAAGCUUCUCCACGUUUUUUGUUAUAGAUAUAGACUCUGAAUGAAAGUGAUUGCCUUCCACUCUUUCUCGCUGAAUACAAAAUCGAAAGUAAAA